AUGGCGAGACAGAGGAAGAAGAACCCCAUAGCUAAGGAAAUGAAUGUGGAUGAGGAAGAUAAGGCAGAUGACGAAGAUACAAGACUAGUUACACCAGAAACGGGGAUUCCCCAAGCUUUAGACUCGGUGCAACUGUUCCAUUGGAUGAAAGGUAUGGGGAGUGCACCAACUGUUCUGCAUGGACAAGAGAGGAAGAAAUCGGAGGAGCUGGUGGCAAUUCAAACACAGGCAGCUCCGAUAACUAAGACUCCUGCAGAUCCUGCACCAAAUGAGACGGAAAUGGCGACGGCAGCUAGGAAACUGACUUUCUCGACAAGCAUAGGGAUCUCAAAACCAACUCUAGUUGCUGUGGUUCAAGGUAAUAGAUCUAUACAACAGGGUUUGAAAUUGAACUAUUAUCCCCCUAUUGUUAAGGAUGGAAGGAAAAUUGUUAGAUUGAACCUCAUAGAAGUGGAAGAGCAGAAGAGGAAAUGGAGGACUAGCUUAAUUGGCUAUGUCAUAGGUGGAUCUCCUCAAUUUAAAGAGAUGUUGAAAUUUGUGCAUGGAGUUUGGCAAUUUGUUUCAACUCCACAGGUACUAAUGCAUGAUGAAGGCUACUUUAUUUUCAAAUUUGAGAAUGAUGAGGACAGAGAUUUAGUCCUUCAAAAUGAACCAUACACUUUCAACAAUAGACCUAUGAUUCUGAAAGUAUGGGAACCAGACUUCCAAAUGUGUAAGGAAUCCACAAAAAAUAUUUCAGUGUGGGUAAACUUCCCUGGGCUACCUAUACAAUACUGGACAACAAAGAACUUAGGGAGAAUUGCAAGCUCAAUUGGCAACCCAAUUUGCACUGACAAACUAACAGCACAAGAGGCUAGAGUAUCCUAUGCUCGUAUGUUGAUUGAAAUGGAUGUGUCCCAUGCACUACCUGAGACAGUGCUGAUAGAAACCGCUGAAGGAAAACAAGGGAGCAAAAAUUGA